UAUGGGAUGUCUGGCCCCUGAUCUCUUUGUGUGUAUGCAAGGGGUGUUAGUGAGUGAGCGAGACGGCGACGUCGUAUGAUAUGCCGGACCAUAUCCAACAUUAGAAUACUGCUUAAUGGAUAAGAAAACCACUUAGGCUUUCGUACAACUAUAACAGUAAUACGACAAAUUUCAGUGUGUAAAGAGUUAAUUACAGAAUAACGUAAUCCUACAUUUUCGAAAACAACGGGAUCAUUCAAGUUCUACGCAAGAUUGGGUGAAAGCCGAGGUGAAAAACUACUUAAAGUAUAUUGGCCCACAUUGUGAAGUGAAAAUUCACAUUCAUAAUGUCGGGGAGUGAAGACGACAGAGAUGAUUUUGGACAUACGGAAGACCGAAGCAUGAUUCAAGAUGAGGAGGAGCUGGAGGAGGAUAUAUCAGAGGGCGAAGCCCCCAAGGUGAAGAAGAAGAAGAAAGCCAAGAAGAGCAAAGAGAGCAAGAGCAGCAAGAGGAACCGACAGCGACGCGAGGACGUGCAGGUUAGCUCCCCAGAGCCCAUGGAACAGCCAGAGGUUGGGGAGCCCGAAGAGGAGGCCGUGGGUGUCGCCCGCUCGGAUAGCGAGGGCAGCGACUACACGCCUGGCCGCAAGAAGAAGAAGCGUGCUAGUUCCGCCAAAGAAAAAAAGAGGAGCAGUGGCUCCGUGGAGCGCAGCGGAGGGUCUUCAAGUGCCAAGAGGAAAGAGCCUGAGGAAGAGGAGGAGGAGGAUGAUGACGAUAAUUCAGAGCCUAAGACCUCAUCCCAACUUCUGGAUGACUGGGGCAUGGAGGAUAUUGACCACGUCUUCAGUGAAGAGGACUACCGAUCUCUCACUAAUUACAAGGCCUUCAGCCAGUUUGUCAGGCCCCUGAUAGCAGCGAAGAACCCCAAGAUCGCUGUGUCAAAGAUGAUGAUGGUGCUGGGUGCCAAGUGGCGUGAGUUCAGCACCAACAACCCCCUGCGAGGCUCAGCCACAGCCACCGCCGCGCUGGCAGCCGCUAAUGUGGCUGCCGCCGUGGAGAGCAUGGUGGCUGAAGUGCCAGUAGCCACACCUGCACCCCCACCCCCCCCUGAACCACUGCCCCCUCCAGCCCCACCACUCCGCAAAGCAAAGACAAAGGAGGGGAAAGGGCCCAAUGCUCGCAAGAAGUCCAAGCCAGCCCCCAAACCUCAAGAGAAGAAGAAUGUGAAGGCCAAGAAGGUAGCUCCACUGAAGAUCAAGCUGGGAGGCUUCAAUAGCAAGAGGAAACGCUCCUCUAGCGAAGAGGACGAUGUGGAGGUGGACAGUGACUUUGAUGACGGCAGCAUGAACAGCGUGUCCGUGUCGGACAGCUCGAACAGCCGCAGCAGCCGCUCCAAGAAGAAGCCCAAGCCCAUCGCCAAGAAGAAGAAGAAGGUGGAGGAAGAUGGUGAUGGCUACGAGACAGAUCACCAAGACUACUGUGAGGUGUGCCAGCAGGGCGGCGAGAUCAUCCUCUGCGACACGUGCCCCAGAGCGUACCACAUGGUGUGCCUGGACCCCGACAUGGAGAAAGCCCCCGAGGGCACCUGGAGCUGCCCGCACUGCGAGAAGGAGGGCAUCCAGUGGGAGGCACGUGAAGAGGUCUCGGAGGCCGAAGAGGAGCCUGAACCCGUCGGUGAAGCCGAGGAGGACGACCACCACAUGGAGUACUGCCGAGUGUGCAAGGAUGGUGGCGAGCUACUGUGCUGCGACUCCUGCCCCUCGUCCUACCACAUCCACUGCCUCAACCCGCCCCUGCCCGAGAUCCCCAAUGGAGAAUGGAUCUGCCCACGCUGCUUGUGUCCAGCCUUGAAGGGUAAGGUGCAGAAGAUCCUGACGUGGCGCUGGGGAGAUCCUCCAGCUCCUACCCCUGUGCCCCGCCCUCCUGACCUCCCUGCUGACCAACCAGACCCCUCCCCAUUGGCUGGCCGCCCAGAGAGAGAGUUCUUUGCCAAGUGGCACAACAUGUCCUAUUGGCAUUGCUCCUGGGUGUCUGAACUACAGUUGGAGCUGCACUGUCAGGUGAUGUUCCGCAACUACCAGCGCAAGAACGACAUGGACGAGCCCCCUCCCAUUGACUUUGGUGUCGAGGGUGAAGAGGAGAAGAGCGACAAACGUAAGAUCAAAGACCCCGUCUAUGCUAAGAUGGAGGAGAAAUACUACCGUUACGGCAUCAAGAUGGAGUGGAUGAUGAUCCACCGUAUUCUCAACCACAGUGUGGAUAAAAAGAACAACGUGCACUACCUGAUUAAGUGGAAAGACCUGGCCUAUGACCAAGCCACCUGGGAGGCUGAAGACAUGGAUGUCCCUGAGUUUGACCCUUUCAAACUGCAUUACUGGCACCACAGGGAGCUAAUGAUGGGAGAUGAAGGAAGGCCUAGCAAGAAGCUGAAGGUUAAGGGCAAACUGAAGAGGCUCGACAGACCUCCUGAGAACCCAGUGGUGGAUCCCACCAUCAAGUUUGAGCGCCAGCCGGACUACCUGGACUCCACAGGGGGCAACCUGCAUCCGUAUCAGCUGGAGGGUCUCAACUGGCUGCGCUUCUCCUGGGCACAGGGCACCGACACCAUCCUGGCCGAUGAGAUGGGUCUGGGCAAGACUGUGCAGACCGCUGUGUUCCUCUACUCACUCUAUAAGGAGGGUCACUCUAAGGGGCCGUUCCUGGUAAGCGCCCCCCUGUCCACCAUCAUCAAUUGGGAGCGAGAGUUUGAACUGUGGGCCCCCGACAUGUACGUGGUCACCUACGUGGGCGAUAAAGACAGCAGGGCUGUCAUCCGUGAGAACGAGUUUACCUUCGAGGACAAUGCAAUCCGCGGUGGCAAGAAGGCUUCUCGGAUGAAGAAAGAUUCACAGGUGAAGUUCCACGUGCUGCUGACGUCGUACGAGCUGAUCACUAUCGACAUGGCUAUCCUGGGCUCCAUCGAGUGGGCCUGCCUGGUAGUGGACGAAGCCCACAGGCUGAAGAACAACCAGUCAAAGUUUUUCAGGAUUCUGAAUAACUACCCUCUCCAACACAAGCUGCUGUUGACCGGAACACCUCUGCAGAACAACCUGGAAGAGCUCUUCCAUCUGCUUAACUUCCUCACGCCUGAGAGAUUCUGUAACCUUGAGGGCUUCUUGGAAGAGUUUGCCGACAUUGCCAAGGAAGACCAGAUCAAGAAGCUGCACGACAUGCUGGGUCCGCACAUGUUGCGUAGGCUGAAGGCCGAUGUCUUCAAACACAUGCCCUCAAAGACUGAGCUCAUCGUCAGAGUUGAGCUGAGCACCUUGCAAAAGAAAUACUACAAGUUCAUCCUGACUCGCAACUUUGAGGCCUUGAACACCCGUGGAGGAGGUAACCAGGUGUCUUUGCUCAACGUGGUGAUGGACCUCAAGAAAUGCUGCAACCACCCUUACCUGUUCCCUGCAGCUGCCAUGGAAGCUGCAAAGAUGCCCAAUGGCAUGUACGAAGGCAAUGCCUUGACCAAAGCUGCUGGAAAGCUGUUCCUGCUGCAAAAGAUGCUUAGGAAACUCAAAGACGGUGGACACAGAGUGCUUAUUUUCUCUCAGAUGACCAAAAUGUUGGACCUGCUGGAAGACUUCCUGGAACAUGAAGGUUACAAGUACGAGCGUAUCGACGGAAGCAUCACUGGAGGCAUGAGGCAAGAAGCCAUCGACCGCUUCAAUUCUCCGGGUGCUGUGCAGUUUGCCUUCCUGCUGUCCACCAGGGCUGGUGGUCUUGGAAUCAACCUGGCCACAGCCGACACGGUCGUCAUCUACGAUUCCGACUGGAACCCUCACAAUGACAUCCAGGCCUUCAGCAGAGCUCACCGAAUCGGCCAGAACAGGAAGGUGAUGAUCUACCGUUUCGUCACUAAGGCUUCCGUGGAGGAACGAAUCACUCAGGUGGCAAAGAAGAAGAUGAUGUUGACCCAUCUGGUGGUGCGUCCAGGUCUUGGCUCCAAGACUGGCUCCAUGUCCAAGCAGGAACUGGACGACAUUCUGAAGUUCGGAACGGAGGAACUUUUCAAGGAUGAAUUACAUGGUAUUACAGGAGAGAGCAAAGAAGACGACAGCAGUGUUAUCCACUAUGAUGACAAGGCCGUUGACCGGUUGCUGGACCGUAAUCAGGACGGGAUAGAUGACGCCCCAGAACUGGCGAGCAUGAACGAGUACCUGAGCUCCUUCAAGGUGGCCCAGUAUGUGGUGAAGGACGAGGAAGAGGAGGAGGAGGAGGUGCAGCGUGAGAUUAUUAAGCAGGAGGAGAGCGUGGACCCAGACUACUGGGAGAAAUUGCUCCGCCAUCACUACGAGCAGCAGCAAGAGGACCUGGCCCGCAAUCUGGGCAAAGGCAAACGUAUCCGCAAGCAAGUCAACUACAACGAUGGCUCCCAGGAGGACCGAGGUAGUAGACGGGAUUGGCAGGAUGACCAGUCUGACAACCAGUCCGAUUACUCAGUGGCUUCUGAAGAGGGUGAUGAAGACUUUGAUGAGCGUAUUGAAGUUAACUCUCGACGACCCAACAGGAAAGGCCUGAGGAAUGACAAAGACAAGCCACUGCCCCCUCUGCUGGCCAGAGUGGGAGGAAACAUUGAGGUGCUUGGGUUCAAUGCCAGGCAAAGGAAGGCUUUCUUGAAUGCAGUGAUGCGUUACGGGAUGCCGCCCCAGGAUGCCUUCACCACCCAAUGGUUGGUCAGGGACCUACGAGGGAAGUCUGAGAAGGAGUUCAAGGCAUACGUGUCGCUCUUCAUGAGGCACUUGUGUGAGCCCGGGGCUGAUGGCGCAGAGACCUUUGCCGAUGGUGUUCCUCGGGAAGGGUUGUCACGGCAACACGUUCUUACACGUAUAGGUGUGAUGUCACUGAUCCGUAAGAAGGUUCAGGAGUUUGAGGAGGUGAAUGGCCAGUGGUCCAUGCCCUGGAUGAUGGAACUGGAAGAGAGCAAGAAGGCAGCUGCUGCUGCUGCCGCUGCCCAGCCAGAGUCCCCAGGCAAGACCCCCUCCACCGGAACCCCGGCAGACACUCAGCCCAACACCCCUGCCCCAGAGGAUGCAUCAAAGACUGAGGAUGCAAACAAGGAUGCUGACAAAGAAAAGGAGCUGAAGAAGGAUGAAGUAGAAAAGAACGGAAAAGAGGCCAAGGCAGAGGAAUCGGAGGUUAUUGCCAUCCCUGACGAUGAGGAGAAGCCUUCAGCUGAACAGAAGGCCAAAGAGCCCGAGAAGAAAGAGGCUGAAGGCACCACAGAAACGGAGAAAGCUGGCAAAGAAGAAGAGGACAAGGACAAUGACAAAGAGAAGGACAAGGAUAAGGACAAGGACAAGGAUAAGGAUAAGGAUAAGGACAAGGAUAAGGACAACGACAACGACAAAGACAAAGAGAAGGAGAAGGAGAAAGAGAAAGAGAAGGAGAAGGAGGGAGAGAAAGUAGAGAAGAGCGGAGAGGCUGCUGAAGAAAAGGCAGCAGCGGACAGCAAGCCAGAGGGGUCAAAUGGCAAAACAGAUGAUGCUGAAGUUAAAGCUGAAGACAAAAAGGAAGACAAGCCUGAAAAGAUGGACACCACUCCUGCAGCUGACAAGAAAGAUGGAAAGGAGGAGAAGGAGGUUGUCAAGACGGAAGAGCCGGCCAAACUGCAGAACGGCGACACCUCCAAGGAGGUAGCUCUUCCAGGGGCCAGCGAGGAGAAGAAGAAGGCCAAGACCCGCUUCAUGUUCAACAUCGCAGACGGAGGCUUCACAGAACUACAUUCCUUGUGGCAGAAUGAAGAGCGGGCUGCCACCGUUACGAAGAAGACCAAUGAGAUCUGGCAUCGUCGUCAUGACUACUGGCUCCUGGCCGGGAUCAUUCAACAUGGCUAUGCCCGCUGGCAGGAUAUCCAGAAUGACGUGAGAUUCGCCAUCCUCAACGAGCCCUUCAAGGGCGAGAUGAACCGCGGCAACUUCUUGGAGAUCAAGAACAAGUUCUUGGCCAGGAGGUUUAAGCUGCUGGAACAGGCUCUGGUGAUUGAAGAGCAGCUGCGCCGGGCAGCCUACCUGAACAUGACCGAGGACCCGUCCCACCCCAGCAUGGCCCUCAACACGCGCUUCAGUGAGGUGGAGUGCUUAGCCGAGUCCCACCAGCACCUCAGCAAAGAGUCCAUGUCCGGGAACAAGCCGGCCAACGCCGUCCUGCACAAAGUGCUGAAACAGUUGGAGGAGCUGCUUAGUGACAUGAAGGCAGAUGUCACCCGUCUCCCAGCAACCAUCGCCCGGAUACCUCCUGUCGCUGUCAGACUGCAGAUGUCCGAGAGGAACAUUCUCAGCCGCCUGGCUAGCAGGGGCCCGGACACACAGUCACAGCAGGUAUCACAACAGUAGCCUGUAAGGCUCACCCUUGACCUCCCCUGCCACCAAGCACCGCCCACCACCUCAACAUUCCUGAUUGGCACCUCAGAGGACAUCUCGCCUUAGCUUGAAGCCACACCCCUUUACCUAUAUAUGGACAUGAAGCGUUUCUAUUGGCUUUAAACCAGAAGGCUGAGGAAACUUAGCUAUUUUAUUUUUUUGUUUUGUUUCUUUUUUUUCUUUAUUAAUAUUAUUGAUAUAAUGUUAUUAUGGUUUUUUGGGACCUAAAAUAAAAAUUCAAUAAAGGCCUAUGUUUCUUUCUUUUAAAAACAUUUUUUUUCUUUGACUUUCUCUCAUUAUAGUUCUGAUGGGAAUUGUGGUAGCCCUGAAAGAUUGUUGAGAAGGAAAUAUUUGCACUGUAGUGCUGCCAUAGAAACAAGAUAAGAUUGUACUGGGCGUCACACCGAAUUUUCACCUUGGAAACGUAUUUCUGUCGAUCACUGGUGCAUGUCUGCGUCAGUUUUCAUGGUUCAUGCCGGUCUGAACACAUUUAUGGAGUAGAUGCUCUUAUCAAAGAUGUUGAUGUUAGUACCUUGUUCUACCAGUGGAGCAACAAGAAUAUACAGAACCA